GCGUUUCAAGCCCUGUUUCGCACUUAACGUGUUAACAUUCGAUGGGACUUUCUUGCUCAUAGAAUCUGAUGGUCGAUCCGAUGCAGCAGUUCAUACUGCGCAAUGAGCUCAUCGAGGUCCUUGGUGUCAGUCAGCCGAUGGCGCUUACCACUAGGCAACUUGACGUAGAUUUUACCAUCAAGUUACCAAACUUGUCUGAUACCAAAGUGCUUACGCGCAGAAAUGAAUAAAAUUUGACGCUGACGAGUAAGAAACUCUGAAAGCACAUAUGGAGUCCCUUUCAACUGUGUUUUCUUGGCCCAAAUGGUUUACUUAAUGGACUGAUCACUAAACCGUAUCAGGACUGGUCUUGCACGAGCGUCCGAUACUGCACCCAGACGAUGGCAAGCCACGAUGGAUCUUGAAGAAAAUUCCUUUGGUUGAAGCUUAUCCUGCAGGACUCGGAAGACUUGAAUUGUUAAUUUUCUUUGCAUUCUUUUACCACAAUGUAAACUGAGGUCACACCAAUUCCCAAAAAUGUCAGCUGUUGUCGAAACACAUUCUUUUUUUUCGGAAGCCUCAAUAUGUAAUAGUGAAGCAGCUUUCUCCUCAAAUACGUGUUUGUAGACGUUUUGUAUCAUAAGUUUUUCGGUAACGCUUAAAGCAAUCCGUGGUCUCUUCCUUCUUGGAGACAAGCUUUGGCUUGACGUGCUUGGUUGAGGAUCCAUAUCGUUUGUACGGAACAAUAUAGCAACAAAUAAACACAACACUUACCACAAACACAACGUAACAAAAAACUAAACAAAAACAAUAACUAAACAGCUUAAGCAGAAAAAACAACGUAACGAAAAACUUAACAAAAACAAUAACUAACAGCGUGAGCGCAGAAAAUACAUUCGUGCUAACAGACCAGAGGUUAGAAGCCGAAUUACAAACAAAAUGGCGACCGAUGCGCGUGGCGUUGAUCGGUGUUGGCACUAGUUGCCGCGCCGCGCUUUGUAAUAAGUCGUCAAAAAACUGAUUGUAGUUACAUACUACUGGUAACUUUUAUCAGAGCACUUUAUACAAUUUUAUUGUAUAAUAGAAAUAAUAUUCUUUUAUAGUUUGAAAUGAUUAACUAUUCACACUCAUUGUUCAUUCAUCUGAUUGAACGAGAACUGAACGCAUCAACUUUAAAUAUGGCAACAUUAUUUUACAAAGUGACAUUAGCUACUGUCAGUUGGCUUCGUCUAAUUAAAAAUACGACUAUUCGCUAUGUGCGAAGUACAUAGUGGGGGUAUAGUAAAGCGAUUGCAGCGCUUGCCGUGGCAGAAAUACGUAACAAUCCGGGAAAGCUAAGUAAAUUUGCACGGAGUUCGUAAUAAAUAAAAAAAAAUUAAAAUGUCUAAUAAUAGAUGUUGUUGUGUUGUGAACUGCAAAAAUAACGGCACAAAUAGUCGGUGUAAAUUCUAUAUAUUUCCUACAUUGGACUAGGAAUUAAAUCAAAGAAAUAAAUGGAUAGAUGCUAUAAAAAGGAAUAAGUAAGCGAAAUAACCUUAAAAUAUGAUCAAUUUUAUUUGCGCUAUAUUUUAUGUGAUAUUUAUUAUUGUCUUUAUUAUUUUAGUGUUGAUGGGUGGCCAUGGUAUCCCAAACCUGACGACACAAUUUGUAGUGAACAUUUUAUGGGAAACAAAAAAUCAGACGAGGAAGAAAGUCCGAGUUAUGCUCCCACGAUAUUCCCUAAAAUAUAUCGAAAGAGGAAGGUUAAUGAUUCACAGGUCCUAGCUAGAUAUACACGCUUGAAAAAACGAAGAACCACAAAAGUCUCAGAUACCACAUCAAGUCAAAUAAUAAUUGAAGAAGGAAGUGAAUUAUAUCAAACUCAACCUCUUAUGGUCGAUCAAGGAUGUCAAGUCAAUAUGUUUUCUGAAUCGAAAUUAAGAGAUACAACCUUUAUUUGCAUUCGAUUAAUUUACAGUGAUCACUGUGAUGCUGAAAUCCAAGUGAAUAUAGCAACAACAUCAAGAAUCGUAAUGACAAAUAAUUCAAGAAAGAAAGAAGCUGUUGCACUGACAAAAAAAUCGUAUGAGGAUCAAUCUACCGAAACAAAAAUCCAAGAAUUUGUUGGUAUUUCAUCAAUAAAAAAUGAUCAAGAACUCCUAGAUCUUGCUGGUGUGUCAUUUAGUAAUUUUGAGUUUUUAUUAAGAAGAUUAACUAUGAAAAAGUGUACAGUUUCCACUAAAGACCGACUUCUAAUUUUUUUGAUAAAAAUGAAAACUGGCGUGACAUUUUCAGCAUUGAGUGUGUUAUUUGGUGUACACAGAACCACAACCUCACGAAUAUUUCAUUCGAUCUUACAAAAUCUAGCUUGUGCUACUGCUAAUUUAAUCUUUUGGCCGAAUAGAGCCACCGUACAAGCAACAAUUCCCAAGUGUUUCAGUCCAGAUUACAUCAAUACAAGAGUUAUUAUUGACUGUACUGAAUUCCGAAUUGAAAUACCGACUGCAGUGGAUGAUCGUGUUGCUUGUUACUCACAUUAUAAAAAAGGGUUUACUGCAAAAGUUUUAAUAGGAAUUACACCUGGAGGAUUUAUUUCUUUCAAAUCUAAAGUAGCUGGUGGAAGAAAAACUGACUCACAAAUGACUGUUGAAUCUAGAUUAGUUGACCUUUUAGAAACUGGAGAUGUAGUUUUGGCUGAUAAAGGUUUUCCUUCAAUAAAAAAAGUUAUAGACGAAAGUGGCAAAGAAGUUAAAAUUGUAACGCCACCGUUUUUAGCAAAUAAAAACGAAUUAUCUCAAGAAGAAACCCAAAGGACAUAUGAUAUUGCUCGAGUUAGAAUUCAUGUCGAAAGAAUUAUGCAAAGACUAAGAAUUUACUGGGUUCUCGAUAAAAUUCCUCAUAAUUUAUUCAACUGUAUAGAUGAUAUUGUACAUGUAUGUUGUGUUUUAGUUAAUUUACAGCCUCUAUUCUUUAAGAGGUAAAUAAAAACAAAAGUAUUCAAAUCAGAACUUUUUUAUUUUCUGAAACAAUGAUGACAAUUUUUUAAAUGUAGCUAGUUACAAUAACUUAUACUGAUACAAGAUCAUUUUUAACAAAAAAAACCUACUUCAACCAGUGAACUAACUAGUCACCCCUACGAUUUUCGAAAGUUCCUUGAUUUCUCUGGUAAGCCAUCAUCAGAUCCUGGUUCCCUUAUCAUGGGACCACCUUGGGAAUAUCUCCUUUCCAAAAAAGAAUUAUCAAAAUCGGUUCAUAAACCAAGAAAUUAU